UUAUAUGUUAAGUUAACUAAAAUAAACAAAUCUGCAACCUUUUUAAUUAAUUCUUUUCCUGCAUCUACAAACGUCCGAGGAAGCUCUAUGCAUACAGGAGUGGCAAAAUUACCGGACAUUGCACUGCGCACGCGCAGCUAUUAAUCGCAACACUAUGGACGAUGCCGGAAUUGUUCAAGCUCAACUCUCCGCCAACGAGACAUGCUCUAACCUCAUUUCAGGUUAUCUAGUAGAUGGCGACGUGAGAAGAACGAAGAUACUGGCGAUUGUAGCUCAUGAGGACGAGACUGCGCUGUUUCUGUUUGACUCAACUGGUGUUCCUGGUAGUAGCAGUUGUACGUUAUUGUUGGACCAAACUUUGCCGAUUCGCAGGAAGUUUGGAUAUUCUCUUAGAAAAGAUUCAGCCGCUCAUCUUCUCAACAUGGACAUUGUAAUUGAUGUGACAACUGAUUUGGGUGGUAAGCUCGUGUUUGAGCUGCCAAAUAACACACAAAUGGCUCAGUUUCUUGCUAGCAUGCAGAAGGCAUCAUAUCAGAUGCAAAAGAUGCCUGAUAGUCAACUUUUAUUCAGUUGGCUUGAUGGAUAUCAGAAGCCUCACACAAGCAGCACAAGCAAUGACCCUCCAGUGGGCGACUUACUCAAUCUUGACUCGCCAAUGACUGCCACACCGUUGUCUAAUGACAUGUUGUUGUUUGGUGGAGAGACGGUUACACCAACAGUUGAAUCAUCAAAUGUGGUUGCCAUACCUGUAGAGGCUCUUCCAGUACAGCAAGAACAAGCGGCAGAAGAAUGGCCAUGGAGUGAAAUCACACGUCAAUGGACAGGAGAUCGUACACCCGUAGCAGUGUCAACACUUUCUGCUGUAAAGAAAGCUACAGUAGCUGAACGUCUUCUUGAUGCGCCCGGCAGUUCGUCUACGGGCAGAUUAUACUCCAGUAAUAAUGGAGCAUACGUGAAGUACACUGUACCACAGAAACCGAGGGUGAGAAAUAGAGAUAGUGGCUUCAUAACAUCUCACUUGAAAGCAAGAGAGAACGAGUACACAGAAGUCAAGCCACACAGAGUAUUUUGUGGUACGUGGAAUGUGAAUGGGCAGCCUGUGACUGAGGGACUUCACGACUGGUUGGGAGCUGACAGUGGUGCUCCUGACAUCUACGCUGUUGGCUUUCAGGAACUUGAUCUGAGUGCAGAGGCUCUACUGUUAAAUGAUUCGUCGAGAGAGAACGAGUGGCAACGACAAGUAGAAGUAGCGCUGCACAGGAAAGGAAGAUACUACAAAUUGAAAUCACUGAGGCUAGUCGGGAUGCUGCUCAUCGUUUUUGUUCACGAGAAACUGAAGUUGGACGUUAAAAACGUGCAGGCGGUAGCACAAGGAACUGGAAUUCUUGGACUGAUGGGUAACAAAGGUGGAGUGGCUGUUCGCUUUAAUCUUCACAACACGUCGAUAUGCUUCGUUAAUUCCCAUCUGGCUGCUCAUAUUGAAGAAGUUGAGAGACGAAAUCAAGAUUAUGCUGACAUUUGCAGUAAAGUACAGUUUUCUAACUCUCAGUCAAUACUUGAUCAUGAUGUUGUGAUUUGGAUGGGCGAUCUGAACUACCGGUUAGCACCAACACAGCAGGUGACCGAGAGCAGACUGAAGGAGAUGGCACUGAUGGAGAAAUGUGAGGAGUUACUUCAACAUGAUCAGCUGUUGCAGCAAGUGUCGUUACAGAAUGUAUUUCAUGGGUUUAUGGAGGGCUUGAUUAGAUUUAAACCAACUUACAAGUUUGAUCCGGGAACAGACAACUUGGAUUCAAGUGAGAAGGCUCGUCCGCCAGCUUGGUGUGAUCGUGUUUUAUGGAAAGCAACAUCAAGUCUUGUGAAUUUGAAAUCGUAUCGAUGUCAUCCAUCGCUAAAAUUAAGUGAUCAUAAACCAGUCAGUGCAUUAUUUGAUGUUGGGAUAAAAAUUAUCAACAAAAGUAGACAAGCUGUUGUUCUCAGUGAUUUACACCAGCAACUGGACAAACUAGAAAACGAUAUUAAACCAGUAGUUUCUCUCAAUACACUUGAGGUGACUUUCAAAAGCGUGAAAUUUGGACAUGUACAGACACAAGAGAUAAUAGUUAAGAAUACAGGACAGAGUCAUGCUGACUUCCAAUUUAAGUCUCGUCCCGAGCAAGACAAGGCGUCUAAAAGUUGGCUUAUCCUCAAGCCAACUAGCGGCUUUAUUGCUCCAGGCAAGCAGCAGAGAAUUGCGCUCUCUGUGUACGUGAGUGUUGAGUUGUUGCCUGACUUGAAUGAUGGCAAAGAGACUCUUGAAGACAUUUUGGUUUUUCAUGUGGAAGGCGGAGCAGACUCAUUUAUUACUGUGAAAGGAAACUUUCUUCAAUCUUGUUUCGGAACGUCAUUGUCCAAAUUGGUGACAAUGAACGAAUUUGUGAGGCAACCACGUGUGGCAAAACUGAUCGAGUUCGACGAACAAAAAAGUAAUGAAACAGAAGAACAAAUGCAGCCCACGCUCCUUAGCAUUCCAAAGGAAGUAUGGAUGCUGAUUGACUACAUGUACAAAUAUGGUCUGAUCACGGAGGGACUGUUUACGGAACGAGGUUUACGGCAUGAACUUGGCACUCUGAUUGAGAUAUUGGAUACUGGGGUGGGAGAGUUGGCUUGCAGUGUGCAUACUGCUGCUGAAGCACUUUUACUGUUUCUUGAGGCUUUUCCUGAGCCGGUCAUUCCAGUAAGUUUUCAUCAGAAAUGUAUGGAUUGCUGCAACAACUACACUCUUUGUAAGCAGCUAUUGAUGAGGUUGCCUGUUGAGCAUCGGAACCUGUUCAAGUAUUUAGCUGCGUUCCUACGUGAACAACUAACACAUUCAGAUAUGAACAAACUGGAUGCCAAAACCCUCGCAACAAUAUUUGGAUCAGUGUGUCUACGGAGUCCGCCGGAUCCUGCCGGUAAAGCGAACAGUCGGCGACAGUUGGCACAGGUGACGAAAAAGAAAUCGGCGUUUUUCUAUAACUUUCUUAUCAACGAAUAUGACGAUUAAUAUAGAACACAAAGUCAACUUGCCUUUACAUGUACAUAGACUGAAUGUUAUCUCAUUGUGUCUCAGUUCUGUUUCGUAUUAAAGUAAUAUGUAUUGGCUGGAUCCUUC